AGCGAAUUAUACGUUCUUGCUGUGACCUAACUUACCCGGCGUAAAUUCUUCUGCUUGGAUGAUCAAGUACGUCGAUCCAUGACGAGUAUCAGAAAACUAGUUGGUCGCUUGGACAGAAAGACAUCGAAAGGUAUUAUGUUGGUGGGCAUGUCCGUGGCCAAGAAAUUCGCGAGCAGCGAACCGAUACAGGCGAUCCGUCGUCAAGCGCGAAAGGUUUGUAUGCUACAGCUGCAGACGCGUCUCUUUUUAUCUUCCUCUGCGUCUACUGCUGAAAGCAGAACUGGCGCUGGCAGUGGCACUUUACACGAAAAAAUAUUGUGUAUUGGUCGAGCAGUAGUGACCGCCCACAAGAGCAGUAAUCAUGCAGGUCAGGGUCACCAGCAGGUGCAGGUUCCCGGAUUUUUGUGCACGGCGACGUCGAGCUUCGGCAGUCCUUCUACUUGCUCAACAAUUCGCAACAGGUUCAGCGCGACGUCCACGGUCUUUCGACCACAAAGUCGCAACUUCUCCUACUUUCCGCGAAAGGACUGGGGGUACGGACGGAGAAAGCAGGUGUAUGCGCGGAAGCGGCAGUCGAAGAAUGCGCGCAACCUGCAACCGCGGUACAUGGACAAGGCGAAGCAACGCGAGCAGGUGGUUAACAGCGAGAAGGGGAGCUACAUUUACCGGUUCCGCCAGCGGCAGAUUCGGGUGAGUCUGAAGCGGCUGCAGGACUACGGGCGGCUGGUGACCAACCGGAACCUGCAGGAUGGCAUUGAUUUCCUGGAAUCCAUGGGCCGCCCGCACGCCGAGCCGAUCAUUGAGUGUCUGCGGAACGCGCGCGAGAACCUGACGGUUUUCCACGGCAAGGACCCCGCGCGGCUGGUGGUGCAAACCUUCCAGUGCUUGCGCGGGCGGUACGUGAAAAGCAUAAAGUACAAGGCCAUGAACAAGGUGGGGAUCUGCCGCCACCCCCGGAACCACAUUCUCGUCGGCGUGCGCGAAAUGUCCCUGGAAGAAUUUUUUCAGAAGGUCUACGUGGUCGGCAAAGUGCCCACGACACUCACCUGGGACAUGCGACUAGCUCUGUUUGAGGGGCGGUGCGGGCCCGAAAUGCAUCGCCACUGGUCGCCGUAUUUGACGAGUACCAGUCGCUGGCUGCACCGCAAGCGGCUGAAGUACCUAGACGCCACCAAGCAGCUUGACUUCUACAAGCUCCGGGACGAAUGGAUUGCACGCUACCAAGGCAAUUGGUUGCGCAAAACUCGCGAGGCCCGGUCUGCAAGAGGGUUGAGUGAAAUAAAGAUAUAAAGAGUGCACACUUGUUAUCGUUGGUUGCAGCUUCUGAUGGCUAUUGUUUUUACCAUCGAGAAUUCACUAGCGAGCACUGCGGGCGCCUGGUGCCUUUUCUGGUAUUGAUUGAUUUAUUUUCGAUCUUCACUGCGGCGCGCGAUCUUCUGGCGCGUGUUGUUUUCGUGCGGCUUUUUUCAAUAUGCCCCCAAUAUCGUCUUUUCUGCCGAGUCUGUUUGUUUCACGUGCGUGACAGAUCAGCUUCAGAUCCUGCUUCGGUACGAUCCGAUUUUUCUUGUUUUCUAUUUCCAAUUUUUUUGCAAACACGUUGACGAUGCCUAUGUGUUUGGAAUUUGGAUCUUUGUGCAGCUUGAUCACGACAACAAAUAUCAUGAUCUUUUACCGCCCAUCGUUGCUUUCCGACAGCCUGGUGUGCC